UCAUUUUCAGGCAAAAAGUUCGUCAUAACAUAUCAAGGUGCCGAGGAAAUUGAGCAUUUCUCUACUAAUUUUACGGCGGCUGGAGUCGUCCAGAUGAAUGGAAAUGGAGAAAAUGGGACGGAUGAAAAGCAGAAACUCUUGUCCGUUGUUGGUGUUGUGUCAGAAGAGGUUGUCGAGAUGAAUCGCGUCUCGUCGGCCAGGUUUCAGGUCAGUAAAACUGACGAGGACGAGAAAACCAGCGACGACAAUUUACGAAAAUUAAAAAGUGGCAGUGAGCCGCCUCCUCCGACUCAAAAUCAUGAAGCAGUGACGCUUGUGACGAGAAAAAUGAGUGCCACUGGAAGAUUUAUGGUAACCUCUGACACAAAUCCGGGUCAACUCGUCGCUGAAGUCGCUGAUGAACUUGGUAUUGAUGUUCCGAUAGAUCCGCCGGCGGAAAAAUCGCCGGCUUCACGUGCUAAAGGAGUACAUUUCUCUGUUGGAGACAAGGAUUCCGGUAGCAUGUCGGAGGAUGGCGACGAGAAACGAAAUAUAACACACGAGAAUCAGACAACGUUCAAUAUGAAAAGUUGGAGAAAUAUGAAGACGAUAGAGCAUCCGCCGAUUAUCGAUUUUUAUCGGAAUUCGAUUGAUACAGAUGGGGUGUUCAACAGGCCUUCGAUGGCUCAACUUAUUCAUGGAAAAGAGCACAAAGAGCAAGAUCUCGGAUUUGAGGAGUUGAAUGCUCAACACCACCAUCUCGAAGAUUCUCCAGUUCACGAGACGAAAAACGAGUAUCGAAUGGAGAAAAUGCACGCGCCUCCAUCGCAAAAUCGAGUGAAAUUCGGUUGGAUUCAGGGAGUAUUCGUCAGAUGUCUCCUGAAUAUCUUCGGAGUUAUGCUUUAUCUUCGUGUCAGUUGGGUUUCUGGUCAAGCUGGCGUUGGACUGGGUUCCUGUAUUGUUCUGCUGGCUUCUGUCGUCACAACGAUUACGGCACUUUCCACGUGUGCAAUUUGUACGAAUGGAGAUGUGAAGGGCGGUGGCGCGUAUUUUUUGAUUUCCCGUUCACUUGGUCCUGAAUUCGGUGGCUCUAUUGGAAUCAUUUUCUCAAUUGCAAAUGCAGUCGGUGCAGCAAUGUAUAUCGUCGGUUUCGCCGAAUCGUUUCGUGAUGUUCUCAUCGACUAUAAUAUUGGAACGAUAUUUGAUGGAGGUCUUUGGGAUGUUCGUGUUAUUGGAUUCGUGACAUGCGUGAUUCUCAUGGGAAUUGUGUUCAUUGGCUCCGAGUUUGAAUCGAAAAUGCAGCUUGGACUCCUCGUGAUUCUGCUCGUUUCCAUCGCCAACUACGUCUUCGGAUCGUUCUUCCCGCCAAAUGAGAUUGCAAUGAAUCGAGGUGCAACUGGAUAUUCACUGGAUACUCUACAAUCCAACUUUAUGCCACAUUUCACUGAAAACAACACUUUCUUCUCAGUAUUCUCCGUCUAUUUCCCCGCUGCCACUGGAAUUAUGGCCGGCGCGAACAUUAGUGGAGAUCUAGCGAAUCCUCAACAAGCCAUCCCACUUGGAACACUUCUGGCAAUUCUUGUCACAACUAUCGUCUAUUUGUUAACAGUUUGGAUGACUGGAAGUACUGUAGUUGCGUUUUCAAAUGGAACAGAGCCGGCUGUCUUCAAUAAUUCGUAUUUUGUUCCACCAGAUUGCACGCCGGAUUGUCCGUUUGGAUUGGUUUCUUAUUAUCAGGUCGUCGAAAUGUCAUCCUUCUGGGGUCCUCUCAUCACUGCUGGAAUCUUUGCCGCAACUCUAUCCUCUGCUCUCGCCAGUCUUGUCAGUGCUCCGAAGGUGUUCCAGGCGGUCUGCAAAGAUCGGCUUUUCCCGAGAAUCGACUAUUUUGCGAAGACUUAUGGAAAGAAUGAGGAACCAAAGAGAGCAUAUGUUCUCGGAUUUUUCUUGGCGAUGGGGAUCGUUGCAAUUGGUGACCUGAACGUGAUUGCUCCAAUCAUUUCGAACUUCUUCCUCGGCUCCUACGCUCUGAUAAACUACGCCUGCUUCGAUCAGUCCUUUGCCGAUUCACCGGGCUUCCGACCGGGCUUCACCUACUACAACAUGUGGAUCUCCCUCGUCGGAGCACUUCUCUGUGUCUUUGUCAUGUUCAUCAUCGAUUGGUUCUCGGCUCUCGUCACUUUCUUCUGUUUUGGAGCCAUUUUCAUGUAUUUAUUGCAUAGAAAACCCGAUGUUAAUUGGGGUUCAUCGACACAGGCACACAGUUACAAGAACGCGUUGUCCGCUAUGAUUAAGCUUUCGACUACCGAAGAGCACGUGAAGAAUUACAGGCCGCAGGUGUUGGUACUUAGUGGAAAUCCGGCGAGUCGAUCGUGUUUGGUGGAUUUCGCCAAUAAUAUUACGAAAGGAAGUAGUUUGUUGGUUUGUGGACAAGUCGUACCGUAUGAGCCAUCUGAUCGUGUCUAUAUGGUGAUGAAGCGUCUCGACGAGAAUAUCAACGUCUGGCUUCGAAAACGUCAUCUCAAAGCGUUCUACCGUGCUGUCGCCAACUCGAAUUUCCGGAAAGGUGCUCAAUCGUUGAUCCAACUCACUGGAAUCGCGAAGAUGAAGCCGAAUAUAGUUUUGAUGGGAUUCAAAUCGAACUGGUAUAAAGGAGGACCGACGGAGACGAAUUUGAACGAGAUGAACGAAUAUUUUGGAACUAUUCAAGACGUUUUCGACUGGAAUAUGGCAAUGUGUGUUCUACGAAAUGGCCAAGUCGGUCUCGACUUUUCUGAAGCAAUGAGAAAUUUGAAUCUUAUUGAACCGAAUCGAUUAAAUGUUCCACCGAUUGAGGAGAAGGAGAAAGAAAAAGAGAAAACGAAUGAAAACUCGCCGGAAACGGUUCAUUUAAUCGAAAAAGACGAGACAGCGAGAACUGACAAGUCAGGAGACGAUGGUUCUUCAGCUCGUCUAUCAUAUCGGGGUAGUUGCCGAAGUGUUGAAAUGUUCCAGCGGAUUAAUGCUUUUUAUAUUAAUGCAUCCAUCUCAAUCAACGAAACAUACGUAUCAGAUGAGAAUCAAGAAGACGCAGAUGGCGAUGAUGAUAAUGAUAAUGAUGGAGAAGAAUCUGGAGCUGAUGAUGAGCAUCAGAAGGAAGAUGAUGUCGAGUUGGGCGUUAUUGAUGAGCAGGAAAAGCGACAUUUCUCGUUGAGGCGGAGAGGAUCUCGACGUCAUACUGUUGAGCAGAAGGCGCUUCUCUCGUCAAUUCAGCGCUUCAAUCGGAAGGUCAAGAAGGGAACCAUCGACGUUUGGUGGUUGUAUGAUGACGGAGGUCUCACUCUUCUCAUCCCACACCUUCUCGCCAUACCGAAAAGCUAUCUGGAAGGUGCCCGCCUUCGGAUCUUCACCAUCUCCACGUCAUCCCGAACGAUGGAACAAGAGCAACGUGGAAUGGCGGCUCUUUUGUCGAAAUUCCGAAUCGAUUAUUCGGAUGUCUACGUCAUCGCUGAUAUUGGCAAGAAGCCGCGUCAGGAGACGAUGAACACGUGGCAAUCGGUAAUCGAUCCGUUCAUCGCGCAGGACGGAAGCUGUCCGAUUGGAAUGACGACGAAGUCGGAGUUGAGUGCUCAACGAGACAAGACGUAUCGGCAGUUGAGAGCUGGAGAGCUUCUGAAUGAGCAUUCGAUAAAUGCAGAUCUUAUUGUGAUGACUCUACCAGUACCACGCAAAGGAAUGGUUAGCUCAUCAUUGUACAUGUCGUGGCUGGAAGUGAUGACUCGAAACUUGCCUCCAGUACUCCUCGUUCGCGGAAAUCAACAAUCCGUCUUGACUUUCUAUUCUUAAAUUGUUCUUUUCCAAAAAAAAAAGUUAAUUAUUUAUUCCCGCCCGCAUAAUCUCCGGUUGUUCUACUCACACACUAAUUGUGCCUCUUUCCGCCUUGUGACCAACAAAAUCUGGUUUUUUCUCCUCUUUUUAAUUCUUAAAUUAAUCUUUUCUAGGUAAAUACUUCUUCUUCUUCUACCGCCUCCUCCCCCCAUCAUCUGAUAAUUCCAGCUUUAGCAAUCAAUCCCCACUUAAAAGUGUUUCCCUCUCACAUAUCUCUAAAAUGUUUUUUUUUUUUUCGUUUUCUUCUUAAGGCUUAUGCUGCUGCGGUUCACCCCCCUUCCCGUUUUUUGUGUUAUAUGAAAAAAGUUACGGAUUCCAUUUUUGUUUCGCUGAUGAAUAAUAGUAGAUUAUACUGUUUACUGUGAAUAAUAAAUUUUCCAAAGUUU